GCAGCAGCGGCGGCGGCGGCGGCAGCAGCAGGAGCGGCGGCGGCGGCGGCGGUGGCGGUGAUGGUGGCGGCGGCCGCGGGAAGGGAAGUUUAGCGCCGUGAUUUUUUCUUCCCGUCCUCCGUUGCGUUGUGUGUUGCUUUUCAUGUCACGCCAGGGGACAGGCGGAUUAACGUUUCCCUGAUGAGAAUUAUUCAUCUGCGGAGAGGCUCUGUGAUCGUGACUAUGAUGAUGAUGUCGAGUAAGAGCGUGGAGUGGCUGCAGGAGGAGCUGGAGUCCGGGGCCAGCUCUCUGCUGCUGCUGGACUGCAGACCCCAUGAGCUGUACGAGUCCUCGCACAUCGAGUCGGCCAUCAACCUGGCCAUCCCGGGCCUCAUGCUCCGGAGGCUGAAGAAGGGCAACCUCCCCAUCCGCUCCAUCAUUCCCAACAACGAGGACAAGGAGAAAUUUGUCAAGCGAUGCAAGACGGACGUGGUGGUUCUGUACGACGAGGCGACCUCGGAGCGGCAGGAGUCCGGACUGGGGAGCUCCGUGCUGGGGCUGCUCCUGCAGAAGCUGCGGGACGACGGGUGCAAGGCUUUCUAUCUGGAGGGGGGCUUCAACAAGUUCCAGUCAGAGUACCCCGAGCACUGUGAGACCAAUUUGGACUGCUCCUGUCCCAGCAGCUCCCCACCAGCCUCUGUCCUGGGUCUGGGAGGACUUCGCAUCAGCUCCGACUGCUCUGACGGGGAAUCUGACCGCGAGCCAGGCAGCGCCACAGAGUCGGAGGGCAGCCCCCUCCCCAACACCCAGCCAGCGUUCCCCGUCCAGAUCCUGCCGUACCUUUACCUGGGCUGUGCCAAAGACUCCACCAACCUGGAUGUGCUCAGCAAGUACAAUAUCAAGUACAUCCUCAAUGUGACGCCCAACCUGCCCAACAUGUUCGAGCACGAAGGCGACUUCAAGUACAAACAGAUACCGAUCUCCGAUCACUGGAGCCAGAACCUCUCACAGUUUUUCCCUGAGGCCAUUUCAUUCAUUGACGAGGCACGCUCCAAAAAGUGCGGCAUCCUGGUCCACUGCCUGGCCGGGAUCAGCCGCUCGGUGACCGUCACGGUGGCCUACCUGAUGCAGAAGCUCAACCUGUCGCUCAACGACGCCUACGACUUCGUCAAGCGGAAAAAGUCAAACAUUUCGCCCAACUUCAACUUCAUGGGCCAGCUCCUGGACUUUGAGCGGACGCUUGGCCUCAACAGCCCCUGCGACAACCACUCAUCCUCCCCGACGCACGACCAGCUCUUCUUCACCACUCCGACCAAUCACAAUGUGUUUCAACUGGACACGCUGGAGUCCACAUGAAAAUCAGAAGAGGGGGGCUUUCCCCUUUUUUGGGGAGGGGUCAAGGUGGUGUUUUUACCAUGUUAAACAAACGGCUGCACUGGAGCUAGCUUUAAGCAACCAGAUUUAAUGAAUGUUUUAGCCUCCUGAGGCUCAUUGUCUGAGAGCCUGGCCACGGAGCAGCGUUGAAGGGACAGUGGAGGUCACAGAUGCCACGUUAUAGGGGAAGGGGAGUUCUUUUAAACCAGAACGGGGAACUGACAGACGGGUUUACGCCGGUGCCCUCCUCAGAGUUGACUUAAUUUGGAGGAAGAGCUCCGAUCAACUUGUCUUGCAACAAAGAGGAGAGGAGGAGAAUAAACUGCCUGAGAAACUGAGCGAAGGUCGCAGCAGGACAGACAGCUUCAUACAAAGAUAGGAACACGGAAAAAUCUACAGCGCUCGAUUUGAGAGACGACAGCAUCCUCUCUGUCUUUCUGUCUCGGCUCUCGAGCUGCGCUGACUGGUGCCAAGUGGAGAAUCUGGGAUUUACUCGUAGGAGAUCUCGCUCUACUAAAUGUAGAGUUUUUAAAAACCAAGGAAUUAACAUAUACACAUGCACACACACACACACAUAAACAAAGUAUGUAUGUUUGUACUGUAUGUACUGUAUGUAUGUUAACGUACAUAGCAGAAAAUGUAUGGGCAGUCCUUAACAAAUUCAGUAUGUCUAUAUGCAUUUUUGUAUAUUUUUGUGUACAUUUACGCACAAAUCUAUACCUUAUAUAAAUAUAUACACAUAGAAAUCUUAUCUCUGUCCAAAAACAAAGUAAUCCAAUCCAAUAAUGGCUUAAGAGAUUGUAAAACUAAAGAAGGGGAAUGGGUUUGGCAACGCCUACAAAGGAACGUUGUUGUGAUAUUCCUAGUUGUCUUUUUCUUCUUUUUUUUUAAGUUUCAUUUUUCUUUUAGGUUUGUAAUGACCUAAUGCAGUUUGCACAGUGGUGUAGCCAUGGACUUGUUGGCACUUGGAGUCAGUGCUGGAAGCAGGCAGAUAAAGAGACAUUCAGAGAAGAGGAGGGGAGAGAGGAGAAGCCAGUCCCAGGCCGCGACGAGUCCCGACAGCUGCACUGUGCAGUGGGGAGGGAGCAGGAACUGGGCCCUGGGCAAAGGAAGAGGUUCAAGGUUGGGUUAGAGGCUAAGAAAGACAGUCGGUAAGACUAGGCACAGGGUCAAGAAUUGUCAUUUGAAAUGUGGUUGGGUUAGGGUGAAGAUAGUACAGUAGAUUUGAAGUUGGCCAACUGUUUUCAAAUGAAAGUUUACAGUUCCUACUUCCUUCCCCAUAUGACUGUUCAUCCAGUUGCCUAAGUUGUUUUGAUUAUUUUAGCCAUUCAUUUCAUUUCAGUUAGAAACUAAACAAUUAACUUCCUCGAUUAUUUUGUCACAACAUUUUGUUUUACUAGUAUGUUUUGCGAAACUGGUUUCUAACAGCUCAGACUUUGUACUUGGAGGCAGAGACUUGAAUGAGAGGUUAGGCUUGGCGCUGGGGAAACUAAGGUAGUGUUAUUUCUGAGCAACUGUUUGAGCUGCUUAUUUUAUCAGCCUCAGGCAAAGAAUGCCUCAACACUCUUGUAUUAACUGCAUUGCAAACUUCUUUAUGCCCAAGAGGAACUUGCUUGAUUUGUUGGCCUAUAUAAGGUUCCUUUUAGGACCCAGACAGAUGCCAAAAGGGGACUCUAGGACAAGGGACUGUGAUCGCAACUUGGUCUUUGUGUUGGAAUUACAGUGUUGUGGACUGGGACUGGCCUCAGCUACAAACUGCAGUUAGCAACCUAAUAGCUUCAUGUCCCUUAACUGCGUUGGACAAAAUGGAAAGGAAGAUAUUUCUGCCAAGGGAUCACCCAUGUCAUCAAAGAAAAUUUUGUCUGAAUUGAUUCACCCUUAAGCCUUGGGUAUAUUAUAUGAAAGAUAUAUUAAACACAAA